AUGGGCAGAGAAGUCCUGGAUUGGCUGCCCCUCUUGUCAGGAACGCUGCAUCCGCGGGCCGGUGGCCUCCCAACCAUUCCGGCUGGCAUUACGACAGCGGCAUCACCUGGAUGGCGACUCAUGGGCAUAGCAUCGGGCAAAAAGCUAGAGGUCUAUGCUGCCCUGUCCACCACACCCUCGCGGUUGCGAUCCGGCCGUGAGCUGAAGUCGUGCCUCAUGUCGCUCUUGAAGCAACAGGCUCCCAUGCAAGUGCUCCUAGCUGUCCCGCGGGGUCUGUGGCGACGAGGUGGCGGCGCGGCCGCGUAUCCGGCUGCUCUUCCGCCAUGGCUGGUACUUCUGAAGCGGCGGUGGAGGCGAUUGAAGGUUCUUCGGUGCAAGGAUUUCGGACCCGGAACUGGCUUGCUUGCAGCUGCGAAGCUGGUUCGAGACCCGAGCGCCUGGAUUCUUGCCGUGGAUGAUGACCACAGCUAUCACCCAGAACUCAUAACGAACCUACUCCGCUUUGCUGCGGGAACUCCCGGUGCCGCCGUCGGUGCCCAUGGCUGGCUGGCUUUGAGUGACAGAGACUUUGGCAAGGCCUCUCAGGUGGCUGGCCCGGCCUUGGCUCGGAAUUUGCGAAGAAGCGCCGAAGAAGGGCCCGCAGGGCCCAUCCUCUGCCACUUCCUUGGGCUUCUGCUGCAGAGGCAAAUGCUGGAUGGCUUAAGGCAGCCCAGUCGAAGCUCCGCUUGCGGCGACCAUAACGACAUCUGGCUGUCGGCACACCUCGCAAAGCAGAGGAUUCGGCGGGCAAUGGUUUCCGAUCCCCUUGGUGCAAGUGACUUGUCAACUCAUCGAAGACAAGGCUUGUCCUUGUCUCGGAGAAGACGUCGGCGACCUGAGCACAGCUGUCUCGCAGAGUUCUUGGAGACACAUGGAGCUGGGUUGUGGAAACCCUUCCCCAGAGUCGUGCUAUGCUCCUUGCAGCCGCCGCUUGGCAUUGCCGAUCACAUUGGUGCAGCAGGUCUGCCGGCCGAUGCUAUCUACAGUUGCGGUCGUCAACCGGGACGGCGGGACCGUGAUGGGCGCAACGGCAUCAGGUGGCUGCCCUGUUCGGCUUCCAGUGAAGAGGAGUUUCUGUCGCACGUGCUGUUGCGGGAACGUGAGGCUUCGACCAUCCUCAUGCUCCCACCUUCGCUGCCUGGAAAGUCUGCGCAGAGCAGGGAAGAAGCGGCGGAAUCUCGGAAGGAUUUUCGGUGCGGUUGCAUGUUGUCAAAGCAUCCUAGAGCCACCCCCCUGUCUCCCCAGAGCUUGUAG